UCCAGGGAGAGCUCGCCACGUGACCAAAGGUCAGCUGACAAAGCAAGCGGCAGGCCGCAGGAAGUUGAGAGACGAGGCGAGAUGGAAGCGGCUUUGGAGCAUCAUUUGGAAGACACCAUGAAGAAUCCCUCCAUCGCGGGAGUCCUGUGCGCAGAUUCCCAGGGCUUAAAUCUGGGCUGUCGUGGCACCCUCUCAGAUGAACAUGCAGGUGUGAUAUCUGUUCUGGCCCAGCAGGCAGCCAAAUUAACUUCUGAUCCAACAGAUAUUCCUGUAGUAUGCCUUGAGUCAGAUACUGGCAAUAUCAUGAUCCAGAAGCAUGACGGCAUCACAGUGGCAGUACACAAAAUGGCAUCCUAACUCUGAACAUCCCGAACACUUCCUGCUCUUCAGCAGUGCACCUUUGUGGAACAUUCUUGAGCAGAUUGCUGUAGACUGGACAUUCAGUGUCAUGAGACAUAAACAAGUUGGACUGGACUACAACCUUUCUCCUUUGUUCAAGUUGUACCUUUUGCAUUUCAUGCUGUCAUAUAUGUAACUCUUCUGUUUUGGAACUGGAGACACCAUUUUGGUAGAAAAUACAUGUAAGAAAUCAUUCAAUAAAACCAAAUAUACUGC